CACUUGCAAUGAUGUCUUGUGUCUGGCUCAUGUUACCUCUUUUCAUUCUCACCAUGUACAUCUGCACAGGGACUUACUGUGCUCUGGACUUCCAGUUGACAACAGUUGACCCCGGCUUCCCCAGAAAUAUCAGCACAAAUGAUCCCGCAGUUCAAAAGGCGGCACGGGUAACAGUAUAUGCGUAUAACAACAAGUCCAAUGACAGCUUUCUCUUUAAAGACCUGGAGGUUCAAAAGGCUAUGAUUCAGAUUGUAAAAGGCAUAAAAUACCUACUGCAGACUAAGAUAGGAAGAACCGUCUGUCCAAAAAAGGAGUUCUACAACUUGGAUCAAUGUGACUUUCAGCAGGACAGCCCUCUCAAGCAGACGUUCACAUGCUAUUCUGAGGUUUGGAACAUUACCUGGCUUCAUGUGGAAACUGUUCCAGUGCUUCGCUGCCAAGAAUUGGACUGGAGUGAUUAGGUUUCUGGGACACAGAAAAACAAUAUUUUGUUUAUCAAAAGUGAAUUAUAAUGUGCACUUUGAUACAGAUUAAAACAAUAGACAAUGUAUUAUACAACAAUUAUCUGCCAAUGGACUUUUGAUACAUUUUGUGGACAGUUUAGGUGGGGAGAGACUUUUGAUGAUAUCAUCUUGCCAGCACCACAUCUCCUAUGUUUUGAAUUGCUACUUAGAUACAGAUAGACGAGAAACGAACUGGAGUCCAGGGUAUGGGCCUGAGUACUGUAAGUCAAACAUGAAGAAUAACAAGACCGGCUAUCCCUAUCUUUAUCAGGGGAUGGGCAAUGUCAAAGGAGGUGGAGCAGGCAUAUAAUAUACCAUUCUAAAUUAUUGGAGGACUGUAAUAACCAGGGCAAAGUUUGUUUAAGGUUCAGUAACCAACAACAACCAAUUAUAUGUGCUUUCAAGUAGCAGAAUAGUAAAUGCUACUCUUUGGUUAUUUGCUGCAGACUUAAAAAUGUGUAUCAGCCUUUGUACCUGUGAUUACAUUUGCUAUGUACAACGUAUAUGUUUGCCAUUGAUGUAAUUGUGAUCAGUUUGCUGCCAAUUCAUGUUUCCAUUUUCAUCACAGCAAGGUGAUAUAUUGUACUGCAUUUUACGAUUCUACAUUAAAGACCUCUUACAUUA